CGAGUGUGAUCAUCUCACCAAACCACACCAGCAGUUCAGCGAUCCGAUACUCACCGGAGCUUGCGAUCAUGAAGGCGUUCGUGGUACUGUCGAUGGCCCUGGCCAUCGCUACCUGUACGGCAGUCGACUCCAAGAAGGACAAGCGUAGCCUGUGGGAUCUGGGAGACCAGUGGAACCACCAUGGGUUUGACGAGUACGAUCAUCACCACACUAAGGUGCACCAUCACACCAAGGAGAUUGUCACCAAGAAGGUGCACGUUCCGUACCCGGUAGACCGACAUGUGCCAUAUCCAGUGGAGGUUGUAAAGAAGGUUCCUGUCCACGUUGAUCGUCCGGUCCCUUACCCAGUGGAAGUGGUCAAGAAGGUCCACGUUGACCGUCCCGUCCCAUACCCAGUGGAAGUGAUCAAGAAGGUCCCAGUGAUCGUGGAGAAGAAGGUCCAUGUUGACAGACCUGUCCCAUACCCAGUUGACCGACCGGUCCCCUAUCCAGUGGAAGUGAUCAAGAAGGUUCAUGUGGACCGUCCCGUCCCAUACCCAGUUGAUCGUCCGGUCCCAUACCCAGUGGAAGUCAUCAAGAAGGUUCCCGUCCAUGUGGAUCGCCCUGUCCCAUACCCGGUGGAGGUCAUCAAGAAGGUUCCAGUUCACGUUGACCGACCGGUGCCAUACCCAGUGGAGGUCGUUAAGAAGGUCCCAGUGGAGGUGAUCAAGAAGGUUCACGUUGACCGACCAUUCCCGGUUGACCGUCCCGUCCCAUACCCGGUUAAGGUUCCAGUCCACGUUGACCGUCCCGUCCCCUACCCAGUGGAAGUCACCAAGAAGGUCCCCGUUCACGUUGACCGUCCCGUCCCGUACCCAGUGGAAGUCGUCAAGAAGGUCCCGGUGCACGUUGACCGUCCCGUCCCGUACGCCGUUGACCGACCAUACCCGGUUGAGGUUGUGAAGAAGGUCCCCGUUGACCGUCCCGUCCCAUACCCCGUCGAUCGGCCCGUCCACGUUGACCGUCCCGUCCCGUUCCCGGUGGAGGUCACCAAGAAGGUCCCCGUCCCCGUUGACCGCCCUGUCCCAUACCCGGUCGAGGUCCAGAAGCACGUGGCCGUCCCGGUUGUCCAGAAGGAGUACGUCGAAGUGCCAAAACCGUACGCAGUUCAUGUCGAGAAGCCCGUCCCAGUGCUUGUGGAGAAUAACCACCAUCACGAGCAGACCCACUACCAGCAGCAGCAGCAGCAGCAAUAUCAGCAGCAGCACCACGAGGAGAAGCACUGGAAUCAGCACUGAGAGCGAACUGAUGAGUGAGAGAUCGAUUAUGUAAAUAAAUGUUGAGUUUUUGU